UGCAGGUUGAAUAUAUCUAGGUAUUGAGUUGUAUCAAUUCAAAAUGAUAGGUAAAUGGGGCACGGUUUUUAUUUUGAUUGCAUGUCUUGCGUGGCAGUCGCAAGCUGCUGUUAAUUGCACAUCGUCUGGGCGAUUCGCUGAUACUGAUGACACGACGUGCCAAGCCUAUGUCCUCUGUGUAUACUCGUCAACAACCAGCUCAUACCUAUCGUACAACUACACCUGUCCAUCUACGUCAUUGUUUAAUCCAACAACCAGCUUGUGUACUACGAACUAUACCUGUACCACUACGAAUACAACAACCACGAACACAAGCGUUUGCACCGCGGAUGGUUACAUUGCCGAUCCAUCUUCGACUGACUGUAGCACGUAUAUUGAGUGCGUGGAAGUCAAUAGUACUUUUAUAGAGACGACGCUGACUUGUCCGAAUGGUACGUUGUUCAACCCAAAUACAACAUUAUGCGAUUCGUCAUACAAUUGUACUACUACAACAACGUUCACAUGUACAAGUGCUGGACGAUUUGCUGAUUCAUCAGAUACGACAUGUCAGACCUACUAUCUGUGUGUCGUUCUUUCAGAUGGAACCAUAACACAAUACACCUAUACAUGCCCUUCAACUUCCGUUUUUAAUCCAAAUACAAGUGUCUGUACUGCAAGCUAUACAUGUACAACAUAAGUUUUAAACAGAUUCAUUUAUUCUACCACAAUAUUGAGCUUUGUAUCAGGAUUAUUUAUUGUAACAUUAAAAUAUUCUAGCAAUGUAAGCGUCUCUUUUUAUGUCAUUUGUAUCGUUUUUCGAAACAGUUUCAGUGCGAACUGGUGGCAGUUAUGCCUCACUCAUACAGCAAUUUCUUCCUCCGUCAAGAACUAUAAGUACUAUUGCUAACUGUUCUAUUCUGAAAAUUCAGAGUAUCUUCUUUGUCAUAACAAAGAAGAAUUAUCUAGGGACAACAAUUUUGCUAUCAAUAAAACAGGAUAUUUCCAAUCGAAUUUUAAUCAUUUAUUUAAAUAUGUUAGUAAUUUUACUUUGCUUAUACUUCUUAUCAUUCUUAACGUUAGUAUCAUAUGGUAUAAAUGCACCAUCUUGUAUCUCAGCUGUUAUAAUAUGCGAUGCAAUAUUUCUUGCCCUUUCAAGAUUUUUUUCAAUUCCAAAAGAUUUGUUGGAAGUUUUUUCAUUUACAUUUGUGAAAUCAGUCAUAAUAUUGUUAUCUACUUGAUUCGUUUUAUUAGUAUUAUAAUAUGUACGAAAAUAA